AAUUGACAAACAACGGCCCAUGGCCCGACCUCAAGAUGAAGAAAUACCAAGCUAGGGUUCAGAAAGGGGAAUCGCAAAAUGAGAGGCAGAGACUGAUGAAGUAGCAGAACUUGCAUGGAGAUACGCCGAAUGUGUCAUUCUAGGAUUUAACAGAAAAGUAACAAAGGCUUUGGCACUGGAUUUUAAAAUUUCACUCCCGUUUUUCAUAAUAAUGAAGAAGAUAAAAGAGAAUUCUAUUCAUGGCUUAGUUUGUCCAUCUGAGUAACGAGAAUGCUAUGGCUUUGCCUGAACAUGUCAUGGGAAUUGCUGACCCAACAAUGUUCUUUGGAGAAGAAGGUCAUGAAACCAUUAGGCGGGAGUUCAGGCCAAUAUGAAAUCAAGAAGGAUGAUUUCUUUCUGAAGGACAACCCAGAAUGAAUGACUGACGCAGAAGCAGUGGUGGCUGAACCAAUUGAAAUAGGGGCAGAUGACCAGCAGUUCACGGUCAACAUGGAAGAAAAGAAGAAGACAAAGAAAAGCGCCAAAUACGAAGAUAAGUGACAUUUUUUCAUUUCAAAUUUUCUCUCUCUCCAAUUUGUGCACCCCAACUUUUUGAGUAAUUGCCUAGCUCAGUUUCUUACUUCUUAGCUUGCGUCAAUUGUUGCUAUCGGCGAAUUAUAUGUAUGUAUGUAUAGAUUAAUUAAUGUUGGUAGACAAAGAACGCCGUUGAAAAUGAAAUCCAAGUAGUAUAGCAUUACCUGCACAAACUCUCAAUAACAGGAUUUUCCCAAAAAGAUGAAGAAUUGUUGUUUUAGUUGCAGUUGGAUUCUGUUGGUACUUGUUCAGGAACUCUUUUUCUAAGCCUGAUCGCCCACUUGGGAUCAGCGGCAUUACCAACUUCAGUAAAUGAGACUGACCUAUCAGCAUUACUUGAUUUCAAGAAUCUCAUAGAUCAAGAUCCACAAGAAAUAAUGAGCUCAUGGAAUGAUUCAAUACAUUUCUGCAGUUGGGUUGGUGUUACCUGCAAUUCAUCAAACGGAAGAAUCAUACUUUUGAACUUGGCAUCUCGUGGGCUAGUUGGGUCUAUACCACCUUCUAUGGGGAACCUCACAGACAACAGCUUUCAUGGCGAAAUUCCGCAAGAAAUGGGACGUCUGUUGCGCCUGGAGAAGGUACUGGGUCUUGCGUAUAAUCAUUUUGGAGGAGAAUUGCCUAGCUUAAUAGCAAAUCUUUCAACUUGGUUAACGAUGUUAAGCAUGGGGGGCAAUCUUCUUCAUGGAAACAUUCCUGUUGGAAUUGGGAACCUUCUUAAGUUGACCAGAUUGGGAUUGGAAGGAAACGAUUUGAGCGGUAGUGUCCCUGACAUUAUUGGAAACCUUCAAAACUUGGAGGUUUUGGCUUUGAAUUAUAACAGGUUUUCAAGGUUAAUCCCAUCCUCUCUGGGUAACUUGACUAAAUUGCCUAGGCUUUAUAUGGAAGAGAACGGAUUGGAAGGAAGCAUACCUCCUAGUCUUGGAAACUGCACAAGUUUGCAGGAUGUGGUUUCUGAACUAACAAUCUUAAUGGCACCAUGCCCAAGCAGAUUAGCAGGUCAAAUUCCCAGCAAACUUGGAAGGUGUACUAGUUUGGAACUCCUGCAUUUGGAAGGUAACACAUUUGACUGAACAAUACCUCCAUCUUUGGCAACUUUAAAGGGCCUAGUGGAUCUUGAUCUUUCAC